AGGUAGAGAAGCAGAGAAGAGGAAUUUAGAGAGAGAUGGAAUCACCGUUUAAGGCGGAUGCGUUGAAAGGGAAGGUGGCUUUGAUAACGGGAGGCGGGUCGGGUAUUGGGUUUGAGAUAUCGACCCAGUUCGGGAAACAUGGAGCGUCUAUUGCUAUUAUGGGGAGGAGGAGGCAAGUGCUGGACUCUGCUGUGUCUGCUCUAAAGUCUUUUGGAAUUCCGGCUAUCGGCAUCGAGGGGGAUGUGCGUAAACAGGAAGAUGCAAAAGGAGUGGUGGAAUCAACUUUUCAGCAUUUUGGUAGGCUUGACAUACUUGUGAAUGCUGCAGCUGGCAAUUUUCUUGCCUCAGCAGAAGAUCUGUCCCCUAAUGGAUUUCGAACAGUUUUGGAUAUUGAUUCAGUUGGUACGUUCACAAUGUGCUACGAAGCACUCAAGUAUCUUAAAAAAGGAGGACCGGGAAGGAGCUCCUCUGGUGGUGGAACAAUAUUGAACAUUAGUGCUACUUUACAUUAUUCCGCUUCUUGGUAUCAAGUUCAUGUGUCAGCAGCGAAGGCAGCUGUCGAUGCCACUAUGCGAAACUUGGCAUUGGAGUGGGGAACUGACUAUGAUAUCAGAGUCAAUGGAAUUGCUCCGGGCCCUAUUGGCGAUACUCCUGGCAUGAGUAAACUUGCACCUAAGGAGAUAGAUGGCAAAGCCAGAGAGUACAUGCCUUUGUAUAAACUAGGUGACAAAUGGGAUAUUGCUAUGGCUGCCCUCUACCUUUCAUCGGAUGCAGGGAAAUUCAUUAAUGGAGCUAUCAUCGUAGUUGAUGGAGGACUUUGGCUGAGCCGGCCUCGCUAUCUGCCAAAAGAUGCGGUGAAACAGCUUUCCCGUGUAGUAGAGAAGAGAUCUAGAAAUGCACCGAUAGGGGUUCCAAGCAGCAAGCUGUAAGGCAUAGAACAGAGACUCCACCAUUUUUUACAGUUAUUUGUCACACACUCAUAUUCCAACAGAGGAAUGAGCAAUCCACGUCCUUCAAUUGCUGAAUAAUAGCUGGCUAUGUAAAAUUGGGCACCAACAGAUUAAAACAUUCAUAGUAGUCAAAUUAAUCAGCGAGGUCUGUCAUGUCCACUGCUGCUGUGACCAGAAGAAUAGUGUAAUAUCACUGGUGUCUCUGGAAUAUUUGUUGCUAGGCCAUUGUGUCGAUUUUAUGUUAUCAUCGUAAUAUGAUCAUAAAGGUACUGAUUUCUCAAACCA